UUUUUUUCUUUUCCUGGAGGGACAGACCUCAGUGAAGUUGGGAAGGGCAUCUUAAGAACAGUCCAUCAGAGUGGCCACGGCCACAGCGGCCUCUUUGGACGAAAACUCGCCGGUAGCCGCGCUCCCCCCCCACCGGCGUCAGCUUUGGGGAGUGCAGUGGGGCGGGGGCGGGCGGAGCGGCAGACGCGGACAGCCCGUGGCCCUCAGGAGCUGGUAUGUGACAAACAGCUCUAGCGGUGCCAUGUAUUGGAAGAGCGAUCAGAUGUUUGUGUGCAAACUAGAAGAAAAGGACGUGCCGGAGCUGGCUGUUCCCCCCGAGAAGUGCCGAGGGCUCAUGUCGGAGGACUGCGGGCGGACAGCAGCCCUGGCGGCCGGAAGGACUCGGAAAGGCGCCGGGGAAGAAGGACUGGUGAGCCCCGAGGGAGCUGGGGACGAGGACUCGUGCUCCUCCUCCGCCCCGCUGUCCCCGUCUUCCUCGCCCCGGUCCAUGGCCUCGGGCUCUGGCUGCCCCCCAGGCAAGUGUGUGUGCAACAGCUGCGGCCUGGAGAUCGUGGACAAAUACCUGCUCAAGGUGAAUGACCUGUGCUGGCAUGUCCGCUGUCUUUCCUGCAGUGUCUGCAGAACCUCCUUAGGAAGACACACCAGCUGUUAUAUUAAAGACAAAGACAUUUUCUGCAAACUUGAUUAUUUCAGAAGGUAUGGAACUCGCUGCUCUCGAUGUGGGAGGCACAUCCAUUCUACUGACUGGGUCCGGAGGGCCAAGGGGAAUGUCUAUCACUUGGCGUGCUUUGCCUGUUUUUCCUGCAAAAGGCAACUUUCCACGGGAGAGGAGUUUGCUUUGGUAGAAGAGAAAGUCCUCUGCAGAGUGCAUUAUGACUGCAUGCUGGAUAAUUUAAAGAGAGAAGUGGAAAAUGGUAAUGGGAUUAGUGUGGAAGGUGCCCUCCUCACAGAGCAAGAUGUUAAUCAUCCAAAACCAGCAAAAAGAGCUCGGACCAGCUUUACAGCAGAUCAGCUCCAGGUUAUGCAAGCACAGUUUGCUCAGGACAACAACCCAGAUGCACAGACCCUCCAGAAACUGGCAGAGAGGACAGGCUUGAGCAGACGUGUGAUACAGGUGUGGUUCCAGAAUUGUAGAGCACGCCAUAAGAAACAUGUCAGUCCCAAUCACUCCUCCUCUGCCCCAGUUACGGCAGUCCCACCCUCAAGGCUGUCUCCACCCAUGCUAGAAGAAAUGGCUUAUUCUGCCUACGUUCCCCAAGAUGGGACGAUGCUGACUGCACUGCAUAGUUAUAUGGAUGCUCAUUCACCAACAACUCUUGGACUCCAGCCUUUGUUACCCCAUUCAAUGACACAACUGCCAAUAAGUCAUACCUAAUUCCUUUUUUCAGGGAUAGAAAUGAUUAAGGAUAUAAACUUGUCAUUUAUUAUGUAUAAAAUAUCAUUAAAAAGAUAUUAAUGUUAAUUUUUUAUUUAACACCCAAAGCAUUUCCAACAUCACUUUGCUGCCCAGGUAUGUAUCUAUAGUUGGCCUGCAAGACACUUUUAUCAAUUCUUCAUUUUUUUGUAAAACAUGUUUACAAGAAAAUCAAAACCUUUUUUUUUUUGUAUUGUCUGGAAAUAGUUCACUCUAGUAUGUAUCUGUUAAUUUAUUUGUCAUCAAAAGAGCACUUUGCCUAAGAGAAAGGACUGACAAGUGUGCAAAAUGUUUACAAUCUUUUGUGAAAUUGUAGUUUAUCAUUAGUUUGUAUCUGUAAGUUAUUGUUAUAAAUAUUACCUGUAUUUUUUGUUAUAUACAACUUUAUACUUUGAAGCUUGUAUCUGUGAAUUUGCAACUGAAAUUUAUUUUGCCAGUGUUUUCUGAAUGAACUGAAUAAAGCUUCUGUUGUAGCAUGCCAUGCAAACACAUUAUUGUGUUUGUAGUUGAUGGAUUAUGGCUGUAAAUAACAUUAUAGUUUAAUAAACCCAGCAUUCUAAGUUUAUUAAAC